AAACCCUCUCCGAUUCACAUCCUUUAUCUCCUCCAUCCUCCAAAAGAACCAGUAGAGUGAGAAAGUCACAUUUAUGUAAAGAAGCAGAGAGAGAGAGAGAGAGGAAAUUGUAGAGAGGAUCGAUGGAGAGGGUUUGGGAUUCAGGUAAAAAGGCGAGUUUGCGGCUGAGUAGAAGCAUCAGCCGAGGAAUGAAUCUGGAGAAUUGGGGAGUAGACGAGGCCUUCACAAGAAGCAAUACUGCAUCUUCAAGACGCCGCAUCGACGACGACGAGGAGGCGCUCCGGUGGGCUGCCAUAGAGCGACUUCCCACUUACAAUCGAGUUCGCGUAGGAAUCCUCAAGUCCUUCGUCGAAGACGGCGCAGCCGAAGCCGCCGCCGCCGGAGUUGAUGGCGGAGAUCAAAUUAAACAGCAGAGAUUGGUGCAUAAGGAGGUGGAUGUGAGAAAGCUCACCGUCGACGAGCGGCAGCAGUUUAUCCACCGUGUUUUUAAAGUAGCUGAAGAAGAUAACGAGCGCUUCCUCACCAAAUUCAGAAACAGGAUUGAUAAGGUUGGAAUCCAACUUCCAACGGUCGAGGUACGGUUCAAGAACCUGAAGGUAGAGGCACAAUGCUACGUCGGCAAUCGGGCCCUACCAACGCUCGCCAACUCAGCACAGAACAUCCUGGAGUCAGCCCUCGAAGCCAUCGGCAUCCGACUCAACAAGCGCGCUACUCUCACCAUCCUCAAAGACAUCUCCGGCAUCAUCAAACCCUCUAGGAUGACGCUUUUGUUGGGGCCACCGUCGUCGGGGAAGACGACUCUUCUAUUAGCUCUGGCUGGAAAGCUUGACUCCACUCUUAAGGCGAGCGGUGAGAUAACCUACAAUGGUUACCGGCUGAAUGAGUUCGUGCCGCAGAAAACGGCGGCGUAUAUUAGCCAGAAUGAUGUCCACGUCGGCGAGAUGACCGUUAAAGAAACACUGGACUUCUCUGCCAGGUGUCAAGGCGUGGGAGCACGAUACGAUCUUCAAACGGAGCUGUUAAGGCGAGAGAAAGUGGCAGGGAUUUUUCCAGAAGCCGAAGUUGACCUCUUCAUGAAGGCCACUUCGAUGGAAGGGGUGAAGAGUAGCCUCCAAACGGACUACACUUUACGGAUACUGGGACUGGAUAUCUGUGCUGAUACCAUCGUUGGAGAUGAGAUGCAAAGGGGGAUUUCUGGUGGUCAGAAGAAACGCGUCACUACUGGUGAGAUGAUCGUGGGGCCAACAAAUACAUUAUUCAUGGAUGAAAUAUCAACUGGGCUUGAUAGUUCUACUACUUACCAAAUUGUAAAAUGCUUGCAACAAAUCGUGCAUUUAGGGGAUGCCACCAUUCUCAUGUCUCUUCUACAACCUGCACCUGAAACGUUUGAUCUCUUUGAUGACAUUAUCCUCCUAAGUGAAGGCCAGAUAGUGUAUCAAGGUCCACGUGAACUUGUCCUGGAAUUCUUUGAAUCAUGUGGUUUUCGUUGUCCUGAGAGGAAAGGCACUGCUGAUUUCCUCCAAGAGGUUACCUCUCGUAAGGACCAAGCACAAUACUGGUAUGACCAUAAUCGACCAUACCAAUAUGUUCCAGUAUCUGAAUUUGUUCAGCAUUUUCGUCGCUUCCAUGUGGGCCUUCGUCUAGAGAAUGAGCUAUCCAUUCCCUUUGACAAGAGCCGUUGCCACCGCGCUGCACUUGUUUUCGAGAAGAAUCCUGUACCAUACUCUGAUCUCCUCAGGGCCUCCUUUGCAAAGGAAUGGCUGCUCAUUAAGCGCAAUUCCUUUGUAUACAUCAUCAAGACUGUACAGAUCAUUUUGACGGCUCUCAUAGCAUCAACAGUGUUCUUGAGAACAAGAAUGCACACAGACAGUGUAGAAAAUGGUAGUAUCUACGUUGGUGCACUUCUUUUUAGUCUCAUUGUCAAUAUGUUCAAUGGUUUUGCGGAGCUGUCGAUAAUCAUUGGAAGACUACCAGUUUUCUAUAAGCAGAGGGACUUGCUCUUCUACCCUGCAUGGGUUUUCACCCUUCCAAAUUUUCUACUCACAAUCCCCAUGUCUGUGGUUGAGUCCAUUGCGUGGCUUGUCACCACUUACUACACUAUUGGGUUUGCACCAGAGGCUAGUAGAUUCUUCAAGCAGCUAUUGGUAGUGUUCUUAAUUCAGCAGAUGGCCGCUGGGUUGUUUAGACUUACUGCAGGGGUGUGUAGAUCAAUGAUAAUUUCAAACACUGGAGGCGCUCUCACACUCCUCAUGAUGUUUGUUCUUGGGGGCUUCAUUCUACCAAAAGGUGUAAUACCAAAUUGGUGGAUAUGGGGUUAUUGGGUUUCACCAUUAACAUAUGGGUAUAAUGCUUUAGCUGUCAAUGAAUUUCUGGCUCCCAGAUGGAUGAAUAAAAUUGUAACUGAAACAGAUGGCACAGUUAAAAGUCUGGGCAUUGCUGUUCUAGAAAGUGCCUCCGUCUUCCCAGAAAAAAAAUGGUACUGGAUUGGAGUUGGAGCAGUCUUUGGAUUUGCUAUCCUGUUCAAUGUGCUUUUCACUCUUGCACUAUCAUAUCUUAGUCCUCUUGGAAAGCCACAAGCUACAAUAUCUGAAGAAUCAGAAGAAAAUAUGGAAGAUAGUUUUGAUGAAAUUAUGGGAAGUUCUAAAGAAAGAAUGUUGGGUGCCAACAAAGACCAUUUGCAUCAUGAAUUAUCGACAAAGGAUAAAGCAAAUAAAAGAGAAAUGAUGGAUAUGAAUAUGAAUCGUAACUCAUCCACUGGCCUCAAUGGAGGGUCAUCUGUUAAUGGGGUUAAAGGGGUUGCUCCUAAGAGAGGAAUGGUUCUUCCGUUCACACCAUUAGCAAUGUCUUUUGAUGAAGUAAAUUACUAUGUUGACAUGCCUCCGGAAAUGAAAGACCAAGGAGUACCUGAAGAUAGACUCCAGUUGUUAAGGGGAGUGACUGGAGCUUUUCGCCCUGGAAUCUUGACAGCCCUUAUGGGAGUAAGUGGGGCUGGAAAGACUACACUAAUGGAUGUUUUGGCAGGAAGAAAGACUGGCGGUUACAUUGAAGGCGAUAUAAGAAUCUCUGGUUACCCAAAGUUACAAGAGACUUUUGCUAGAGUUUCUGGUUAUUGUGAACAAAAUGAUAUCCAUUCUCCUCAAGUUACCGUGAAAGAGUCAUUGAUAUACUCUGCCUUCCUCCGUCUUCCCAAGGAAGUAAGCGACGAAGAAAAGAUGAAAUUUGUGGAUGAAGUUAUGGAGUUGGUGGAACUUGAAAAACUCAAGGAUGCCAUUGUUGGCCUUCCAGGAGUUACAGGGUUGUCAACAGAGCAACGAAAGAGGUUAACAAUAGCUGUAGAGCUUGUUGCUAAUCCUUCCAUAAUCUUCAUGGAUGAACCUACUUCAGGUUUGGAUGCAAGAGCUGCGGCUAUUGUUAUGAGAACUGUAAGGAACACGGUUGAUACAGGAAGAACAGUUGUUUGUACGAUUCAUCAGCCUAGUAUUGACAUUUUUGAAGCAUUUGAUGAGUUGUUACUGUUGAAGCGAGGAGGCCAGGUUAUAUACUAUGGACCAUUGGGCCAAAAUUCCCAAAAGAUGAUUGAAUAUUUUGAGGCAAUUUCUGGAGUACCAAAAAUCAAGGACAAAUACAAUCCUGCAACAUGGAUGUUGGAAGUAAGUUCUAUUGCUGCUGAAGCACGCCUUGGAAUGGAUUUUGCUGAGUACUACAAAACAUCAGCUUUGCACCAGAGAAAUAAAACACUGGUUAAUGAUCUCAGUAAGCCAGAUCCGGGUUCAAGUGAUCUCUAUUUCUCCUCGACAUAUUCUCAAUCUUUAUACGGGCAAUUCAAAUCCUGUCUUUGGAAGCAGUGGUGGACCUACUGGAGGAGUCCUGACUACAAUCUAGUCAGAUUUUGCUUCACUUUGUUCACUGCUCUACUUCUAGGAAGUAUCUUUUGGAGGGUUGGAAACAGAAAAGGUGAUGCAAAUGAUCUUCGUAUUGUGAUUGGAGCAAUGUAUGCAGCAGUUUUAUUUGUUGGGGUGAAUAAUUGCUCAACUGUGCAACCAGUCGUUUCAGUCGAGAGGACUGUAUUCUAUCGAGAGAGAGCUGCGGGAAUGUACUCUGCCUUGCCUUACGCUCUUGCUCAGGUUGUGGUAGAAAUUCCAUACGUUGUAAUCCAGGCAGCGUAUUACACACUCAUAGUGUAUUCCAUGAUGAAUUUUGACUGGACGGCUUCAAAGUUUUUUUGGUUUUAUUUCAUUUCGUUCUUCUCCUUCCUCUACUUCACCUUCUAUGGGAUGAUGACAGUGUCGAUCUCACCAAAUCAUCAAGUUGCUGCCAUCUUCGCUGCAACAUUUUAUUCUCUCUUCAACCUUUUCUCUGGCUUUUUCAUUCCAAAACCUAAAAUUCCCAAGUGGUGGAUCUGGUAUUACUGGAUUUGCCCUGUGGCAUGGACUGUUUACGGGCUAAUAACAACCCAAUAUGGCGAUUUAGAUCACAAUAUCCAAGUUCCUGGGCAAGGUCUGGUACCAAUCAAAACCUAUGUUAAAGAACACUAUGGUUAUCACACAGACUUCAUGCCUGUUGUGGCUGUUGUGUUGGUGGGUUUCUGUGUAUUCUUUGCCUUCACCUUCGCUUUCUGCAUCAGGACAUUAAAUUUCCAGCAGAGGUAAAGGCAAGAGAUGUAGAGAUCAUAAUAUUUCCAGUUGGAAUUUUGUAUAAUCUCCACAUAUCAACUUUUUUUUUCUUUUGGCUGUCUCAAUUUGCUGUACAUAUGGAUUUAGAACGAAGCAGACAGUACCAAGAUCUUGAGUUUUGUUGAAAUUAACGGAUCUUGUUAUCCGGGCAAUAUCCGGUUUGAUGUAGAAUUUCUAAAUUUUUUUAUAUAGGUCAAUUUACUGCUUCAAAUAUGGUCAGAAGGGAAAA